UUGUUCAUUAAUAAUAGGUUUACAUUUACUAAAACAUUUGAGUAAUUUUCUGGAUGAAACAGUGGGACACCUGUCAAACUUUCAUAUGCAUUCAGUAGCACCGUUGAGGAUUUUAAUGCAAAAGGGUGUUUCUACUUGAAUCUGAUACUGACACUUGUAAUCUAACUUUGUUGGCAGCUUCAUUGGGAAUCAACCUUUUUCUGGGACACUGGGCCUACUUUGUAUUAUUGUGCUCUUUAUUAGACUUGUCUCACCCUUCUGACCAGAGGAAUGCAUGCCUUCUAGACUGCACCACACACUAAUGUUUCUCUCCGGUAAACCUACCAAAUUGGUGGGUAAAGUGGUAUGACCUUAUUCUUGUUUAAGGUCUAUUCCAGUCACAGUAAUGUGGACAGAUUUUUCUUCAAGAGUUAAAUUUAGGUAGGUGGUGAGUUGAUUGAGGUUUCAAAGAUGAAAUGCUGUAUUAACUUUUCAACUCCAAAUUCAUUUUGACACUUCAGACGAAUAUGGUUUUGUUUCAAAGAAGCCUACGAGGUUGGAAGCAGGGGGCUUCUUGAAGUUUACAGUGAAAAGGGACAGAGGUCGCAGUUUAAGAUAUAUAGACGAAGCAAUUGCAGGGUCUGAGAUUUCCUAGACAAUAAGGGUGACAGCAUGAACCAAGUAUUCAAGAAUUUAUCAUUUAUUAGGUGAUAGAAUCAAAGGAUACAGGGCUCAGUUUGUGAGAUUUUGUUUAUAUACAGUGUGAUGCCAUUGGCUUGAUUAAUUCUGCAUCCUUUGGACAACUCUGUGACUCACCCCUAUCAAAAUGAUGACUGAAGAAGAUGAUCCAUAUCCAUAUAGGGUCAAGAUGAGACUUCCUAUUUUUAUUUUCUUCAAGGAUGCCAGACAUGUUUUUAAACUGGACGAACUUGGAUCAGAGAUAGCACAAAUUGCAUUGCCUGCAGCACUGGCUUUGACAGCUGACCCUAUCGCUUCUCUCGUUGAUACAGCAUUCAUUGGCCAAAUAGGUCCUGUGGAACUAGCUGCUGUAGGAGUUUCUAUUGCCUUGUUCAAUCAAGUCUCAAGAAUUGCAAUAUUCCCACUUGUUAGCAUCACGACCUCUUUUGUUGCGGAGGAAGAUACAAUUAGAAGAGUGAGCUCCGAAGCACAAGAAAGCGAAUACUUGGAAACAGUUUCAUGUUUAAAUACUGAAAAUAAAGAGUUUAUACCACAAAAAGAAUCUAACGAGGGUGCAUACCAGCCUAAAACACUAGGAAACCGUUUUGAUAUUGCUAAAUUCGAGCCCAAAAGAAGGCAUAUCCCAUCGGCUUCAUCAGCUUUGGUUAUUGGUGGAAUCCUUGGUCUCCUCCAAGCCAUAUUCCUGAUUUCUGGAGUAAAACCUCUGUUGAACUUCAUGGGAGUCAAUUCAGAUUCACCCAUGCUAAACCCUGCACGGCAAUACUUGACAUUGAGGUCUCUAGGUGCUCCUGCAGUUCUUCUCUCUUUAGCCAUGCAAGGGGUCUUUCGAGGAUUAAAAGAUACAAAAACUCCUUUAUAUGCUACUGUGGCAGGAGAUGCAACAAACAUAAUAUUGGACCCAAUAUUCAUGUUUGCUUUCCGUAUGGGGGUCAGUGGUGCGGCCAUUGCCCAUAUUAUAUCUCAGUACCUCAUUUUAAUUAUACUCUUGUGGAAGUUAAUGAGUCAAGUUGACCUCAUACCUCCUAGUAUAAAACAUCUACAGUUUGGUAGAUUUCUUAAGAAUGGUUUUCUAUUGUUAAUAAGGGUUAUGGCUGUUACAUUCUGUAUCACUCUUUCCGCAUCAAUGGCCGCCAGGCACGGAUCAACAUCCAUGGCUGCAUUUCAAGUGUGUUUGCAAGUUUGGUUGGCGACAUCUCUUCUGGCUGAUGGAUUGGCUGUUGCUGGACAGGCAAUGCUUGCAAGCGCAUUUGCAAAAAAGGACUAUGAAAAGGCGACGGCCACUGCAUCACGAGUAUUGCAGCUAGGAUUGGUUCUUGGAUUCAUACUUGCAGUCAUACUUGGAGGUGGACUGAAUUUUGGAGCAAAAUUAUUUACAAAAGAUGUCAAUGUCCUCCACCUCAUUGGUACAGGCAUUCCAUUUGUUGCAGCUACUCAACCCAUUAAUUCUUUGGCAUUUGUUUUUGAUGGCAUCAACUUUGGAGCAUCUGACUUCGCAUAUUCUGCCUUCUCCUUGGUUGUUGUAGCUAUCGUAAGCAUUAUAUGUUUGUGUAUUCUCGCCACCAGUCAUGGAUUCAUUGGACUCUGGAUAGCUCUAACCAUAUAUAUGAGUCUUCGAGCUUUUGCCGGAUUUUGGAGGAUAGGGAAUGGAAGAGGGCCUUGGAAGUUUCUCAGAGGUUGAAUGUAGCUUGCAUUUUGGGUUUUAAUUUU